AUGUCUCGUGAGACAGUGACCUUUACCCAGUCAGGACCAACGCCCGUACACAUCGACGAGGCAGCUCUCUCAACCCGCACGGGCUGUUACGUCAUUACUCUGACAUUUCCUCAGCCAACACAGAUCGGCGAAAUCACUUUCCGAAAUUACUACACAUGGGCAGUAGGUGUCCAUGUCCUGCGAUGCGCGGCAGCAUCGACACUGCCCUUAGGAGGCGUCGUUGGCGCCGGUUUACUCGGCGGGGACGCCGGAGGAGAAGCGGCAUGGGCCUGGAAGGACCCCUCUUCUUGGCACGUUGGUGUGAGAAACAAGGUCUUGAUGCCCCAUCCACAUACAGAGACAGCCAGUCACGACUUCGUCUCGAUCACGUGUCUCGAGAGCCGGGUUGACUGGCAGGACGUCAUAGGAAUGCGUCUCAUCCUCCGUCAGCCCUCCCCAGUCUGGAGGACCUUCUUUAUUGAGGAGAUCACGGCCUAUAGGGAGCUGCCACGCCUGCCUCCCUUCAGUGUACCCAUCAUUACCCAGGAUGGACAGGGCGACAAGAGCCAGCAGACGCCACUGGAACGCCUCAUCCAGCAGACGAGGAAGGCCAUGCGAGUUCCUGACGAGGACUCCUUAGAGGAUAUAUUUCAGAGCCUUCAUCAUAUUGACAUUUCAGAUCCCUCAACUACUGAAGACAUCUCAGAUACUUCAACAACUGAUAACAAAUUUCAGAUUCUUCAUGUUGCAAAGGUAUAG